UUUUCUCUCUUUACCGUUCGUCUCUUAUUUAAACCCACCCGAUCUAGAUACACCUUUAAGAUUCAAUCCUCUCCUUCCUCCCUCUCGUCUCCUUCUCGUCCUCCUCACGAUUUAUUCUUUCCUCUCUUCUUCGACCAUUUGCCAUCUCUACCCUUUCAUAGCCCUCCUCUCUCUCUCUUCUCCCUCCUCUCUCUCUCCCUUCCUCUCUCUCUUCCUCGCCUGUGAAAAUGGCUACCGUCGCCUCUCCCACCCUCUCGAGCCCACCCGAUAAAUCCAUUCGUAGCAAUGGUCUUCCGAUCAAUUCUACCGGUGCUGGCGCUGAUCCUACCUCCAACGUCACCUUACGAUCCCUCGUUUCUACCAAAGAAGCUGGUGUGAUCAUUGGAAAGGGUGGCAAGACUGUCGCUGAGAUCCGUGAACAGACCGGAACCAAAGCCGGUGUCAGUAAGGCUGUCCAAGGCGUUCAUGAUCGAGUCCUCAGUGUCAGUGGUGGCCUUGAAGGUGUUAGCAAAGCUUAUUCGAUCGUAGCCGAUGCAAUCUUGCAAAACCCAUUGGCAGCCACCGAUCCCUCACUCACCGUCCCACCUCCAACUGCCACGACGACAGCGAUCCGAGUCUUGGUAUCUCACAAUCUCAUGGGAUCCAUCAUUGGACGACAGGGCUCUAAGAUUAAAGAAAUCCAAGACAUCUCUGGUGUUCGAAUGGUAGCCAGCAAGGAAAUGUUACCUCAAUCUACCGAGAGAGUCGUAGAGGUCCAAGGCAGCCCAGAAGCAAUCCGAGUUGCGAUUCAUGAGAUUGGGAAAUGCUUGAUGGAGGAUUGGGAAAGAGCUCACGGAACCGUCUUAUAUCAACCUGGCGCACUAGGCCCUGAUGGCGUCACAGCGGCGUAUCCUGGUGGUGUCCUUGCUGGUGGAUUCGGGGUUGGUGGCCAAGGCUAUGGAAAUGGUGGUGCUCGUCGCGCUGGGAGCGGUGUGCCGAGUGGUGGCCAUAUGGCAGGAGACCUUCCUGGAAGACGUCCCCACAACGGAACCUACCACUCGAACGGCAACGAGAACGGACAUCGCUCGAGGGAAAAUUCGCUCGCAUCUGCGCCUGCUCCUGUUGCUGAUCGCCUCCUACGUACCCAAAACAUCUCGAUUCCAGCUGAUAUGGUUGGCUGUAUCAUCGGCAAAGGAGGAGCCAAGAUCAAUGAAAUCCGACGAAUGUCAGGCUCCAGGAUCUCUAUCGCCAAAACUCCUCACGAUGACACUGGUGAACGUAUGUUUACGAUUACCGGAUCAUCGGAAGCCAAUGAAAAGGCUCUCUUCUUGCUUUACAAUCAGCUAGAGAGCGAAAAGGAGCGCCGAGUUGGAACGGUCCAGGAAGAAGAUAGCCAAUAAAAAAUCAUUACUUACUCUGCUCUGAUAUCUUCCUUGAAACAAAACCUUAUCACAUGGCUAACACAUAGCCUGAUCACUACUUACCAAAGCAAAAGAAAAAAGCCCUUGUUAUCAUGACUCUUCUCCCGAAUGAAUCAAGUUCGAGCAAGGCCGUUUGUGUUAUUUUGUCGCUUCUCUUCCCCCCGAGCUCUUUUUAUCGUGGUAUCUCAUCUCAUAACUCAUCUAUAUUUCUCCUAUCUCCCUUUUGUGUGCCUAUCCAUUGCCUGCUAUAUAUAUAUACUUAAGCACACAAUCCCAACAAUAAAGCAAAAGGAUGUACCACUCAUAAGAUUUGACUGAUCUUCUAUUGAUGUAUUUGCCUUGAGAUUGUAAAUUUGCUUUGGUUCUCCUUGUGAAGUCAUCACGGUGAGGCAGAUCUCCACCUAAUAGAUGCAUCGCUUCGAAGCCAACUACGAGUUUCUGGGUAUAUCUGUCAUCCUGACCAACACCGGUAAG